AUGGCCGCCACCCUCCUCAAGCUCAUCAAGGACCGCCGCACCUACUACCCCCUCAGCAAGGACCUCACCAUCCCCGCCUCCCGCAUCGAGGAGAUCGUCGGCCAGCUCAUCACUGACGUCCCCUCCUCCUUCAACUCCCAGUCCAACCGCGCCGUCCUCCUCCUCGGCGCCGAGCACGACAAGCUCUGGGACAUCACCUCCGAUGCCCUCCGCGCCGUCGUCCCCGAGGAGAACUGGAAGCCCACUGGCGACAAGCUCGCGCUCUUCAAGGGCGGUGCCGGCACCGUUCUCUUCUUCGUCGAUGAGGAGCCCGUGAAGGAGUUGCAGAAGAACUUUGCGCUUUAUGCUGAUAAGUUCCCCGUUUGGGCUGAUCAGUCUCUUGGCAUGCUCCAAUUCGCUGUCUGGACCGCCCUCGAAGCCGAAGGCCUCGGCGCCAACCUCCAGCACUACAACCCCCUCCCCGACGCCAAGAUCGCCGAGACCUGGAAGAUCCCCGCCUCGUGGAAGCUCAACGCCCAGCUCGUCUUCGGUGGACGCACCGGCGAGGCCGGCCCCAAGGAGUCCAAGCCCGUUAGCGAGGUCUUCAAGGUCCACAGCUCUUAA